AUGUCGACCCUUGUCGUUAUCCUGCUGCUGGCCACCAUGAUCGCGGGCCAAGUCAGCCACACCAUCCGUGGCUUCGAGUACAUUGGCUGCGUCAGCGUUACCUCGGACAAGUUCAACGCUUUCGUCAACUUUGGCAAAGCAUACACCCCUGAAGAGUGCCAGUCUGCUUGCACCGGUCGCAACUACGCUGCCGCUUUUCCCGACCCUGCGUCUAGUGGAUGCCGUUGCGGCAACAGUCUGGAGAGCUUCCUCAAGGUAGACGAGUCUCGCUGCAGCAACCCUUGCAAUGCCGACUCUAAGAUUGGCUUCUGCGGCUAUUCCAACCUCGAGGGAUGCAGCUACGCCAACGUAUACAAGGCAUGCGACGAGAACAUAUCCGAUUCGUCCUUCACCCCGAUUCCGGGUGAUCCGGCUCCUACCGACCCGGCCCCUUCUAUUACCUUGUCUACUAUUCGACUUCCAACCAUCACUCGCACCCUGAAACUGGCUACUAAAUCUACCAUCGUCGUCCACACUGUACCGCCUAGCAGCGGUAGCCCCACGACUUUGUGCAUCUCAAAUCAUGACAGUCCACCCGCUACUCUGACCCCGGAACCUCCCUCCAGCCCCAUUGUUGUCGUCCAGACUGUCGUCGUCCAUGUACCGCCGAAGAGUACCAGUACUGCUGGAUUACAAAGCUACAGCAACGUUCAGCUGGACCCUCCCGUGGCCACCGCUCCACCGGCUGAGACACCUGUAAUCGAUUUGCCGCCGGCUACCAGCAGUCUUAGCAUUACUAACCUGGUUCCUUACGAGCCCAUUCCGUUGGUUUCUGGUCCGGGCAACACCACAGUUCUAGUUGCUACGUCGACACCUGAGGGACCAAUGUUCCAAACCCUCAUCCUGCCCGAUGAUCCUCCUGCGACGACCGCUACACUUACUCCGGUCGUUGUCACAAACAGCCCAGCUCUUCGUGUCAAGGUUGGUGCCGCUGGCGCUGCUGGAAUCGUGGUUGCUAUUCUGGUAGCUACAGGUGUUUGA